AUGGACCGAAGGAAAAACGAAAGUAGUGCAAAAAGGCAAAUACUCACCGCUUUAAUAGCGACAAUCCCAACUUUCACUUACGGUAUACAAAUCGGCUGGCUGUCACCCAUGGGCCCAUUGCUCAAGUCUGAUUCCACACCAGCACAAGCGCCACUUACGGAUAAACACAUUUCGUGGAUGGCAGCAGCGCUACCGUUAGCUGGGAUCGCCGGCAUACCAUUUUUUAGUUACGCUUCAGAUAGAUUUGGGCGGAAGAUCUGCGUUAUUUUAGUUUCUGUGUUAUCUUGUAUAUCCUGGACAAUGAAGCUAACGGCAAUAAUGCCAGCAACUCUCAUAAUCGCUAGGGUUAUAGCCGGCCUUGCAGCAGGAGGUUGUUUUGUUGUAGUCCCAGUAUACGUCAAGGAAAUAUCCCAGGACACUCUUCGAGGAGCUCUUGGGUCCUUGAACAUGACUGUUUGCAAACUGGGCGUGAUCUUCGUGUAUGCUGUUGGGAUGGCAGCGUCGUAUAAAUUGAACCAAGUUGUAUAUUUAGCUGUUUCUGGUAUACAUGUGGUCCUGUUCUGUUUUAUGCCCGAAUCUCCAAAUUAUUUGCUCAAAAUUGGAAAAGAAAAGAAAGCGGUGAGGACGAUUGCAUGGCUCCGAAGCUUAAGCAAGAGCCAUAAGCUAGUAACAGAGGAGUUGCAUAAGCUGAAAGAAGAACAAAUACAGUUCGACGCAAUGGCGCGCGUUCCACUUCUUAGUGUAGUUCAAGAUCGCACGACGUUCUCCGCGCUUCGGAUGACGCUGAUGCUGAUGGCGAUGCAAACGCUAUCUGGAUGUUUCGCCCUCAUGAACUAUGCAGCUGACGUGUUCCAGCGCGCGGGCACUGAGUGGAGACCCAACACGUUGGCGCUCUUCAUGGGGUCCUUGCAACUGGCCGGGUCUUUCUUCACGACAGUUUCGAUAGAAAAAUUUGGGAGAAAGAUACCACUAGCUUGCAGUUCCCUUGUAGUAUCGGUGUGCAUGACGACAUUAGCGACUUGCUUCCUCCUCGGCAAGGGCAUCGUGACCUGGCUGCCGGUCACGGCUGUCUGCGUCUGUAUACUCGCGUAUGGAGCUGGCUUAGCUCCAGUACCUUUGGUGAUAAUGGCUGAAGUGUUCCCUUUCCAGGUCCGAGCCCGCAUGGCAGGUGCAUCAAUGGCAUUCUCAUUCUUCUGUAGCUCGAUGACAGUUCUCUUCUACACACCCGUGGCAGACCAGUUUGGGGCUUACGUAGUCUUCUAUAGCUUCGCCGCGGUGACCUUCUUUGGGGUCGUGUACACUGUGCUGUGGGUACCAGAGACGAAAGGGAAGAGUCUAGAAGAGAUACAUAAGUACUGGAAGAAGACUGAGCCUGUUUUCGUUUGA